UAGGUUUAAAAAUGUAGAAAGAGACACUGAGAUGCUUUUGAACUUGGAAGGAACUUACAAGAAAGAAGAUAGUCCUGUCUAAACAAAGUUGGUUGAGCAUAAACCGGUAUUUAAUUUUUCUUAGUUGCAUGUAUUUGGAGUUAAUGGUUGGUAAUGGAAUUUUUUAGAUAUUAGUUUAAUAUUUUUCCAUACAGGAUUUGAGCUCAUGAUCUAGGUUCCAUGAACCCCUUGAGACUGACGUCUCCACUUAGAUUUUUAGUAUUUUAUACAGUUUUUUCCUUCUUUCUUUUUUAGUUAGAAUAUUAUAUAGUGUUUUUAAGCAAGCACAUCAGACAAACUUUAUUUAUUUAUUAUUUUCUAGUUUUGGUGUUCUCCUGGGAGCGUGUGGCCAUGUCAUGAACGUGAUGUUGUCCAAAUAGUUAAAGCCUCCACCUCCAUCCCAUUCCCAUCCUUGUACUACAAAAGUCAACUCUCUAUCUCUCACCCUUUGCCAAUUUGUAUUCUUUCUACUUCUUUUUAUUUUAUUUUUUGGGGUUCUCUUUGAUUAAAUUCAGAUGUGCCCUUUGGGAAACAGAGAGAUAAAUUGGACCAAGAACAUGGAAAUCACAACUAGGGUAACUGUGGAAAACAUGCCUCUCACGUCUCUUUGAUCUCUCUAACUUUCGUCCUUAUAAAUUCUUAAGACUCUCUCACUUCCAUUUUCACCUUCAUCACCACCAUGGCACUUCCUUCUUCACAUCCUGUGGUUCCCAACUCUGACAGCAACAUUAAUAAUCUCCAACAACCUGACCAUGAAAGCUCUGGAUUCUUGGCCAUCGAAGAGCCUAAAUUCUUGAUCAAGAAUGAGAGCUUGAUGAAGGAAAAGCAGAUAUCUGUGGACCCGAUAUCACUCAGAGAAUCAUCAUUGAGAGAAACGUGUGCUGAUUCAAUUCUGAUAUUGCCUGCUGUUACUCCUCCAACCUCUGCUAUGAUGGACUUACAUCCUCCUCCUCUUCUUCCUGCAAAUCCCAAAUUCUUAAGCUGCAGCCUCCCCAACUCAGCCAACUCGUCGCCUCGAUUUGGCAAAGCAUUUCUGAAGAAAAAAUGGAGAAACGAAAGCCAUGCAUCUCCCCGGCAGAUCGAAAAUCAUAGCAGGCUUCAAUCUCCGGGAGAUGGGCUUCUCACUCUGGGACAAGAACUUCACUUGAGCAGAAGCAAAUCAUGUGGGCAAGGAAGAGCAUUUCAACCAUCAGAUGACUUUGAUCUUUGGCAUAACAAACCCAAUGCCGUCGAACAAAUGAUCAACAACAAGAACUUAGGCAGCUUCUCCAAAACUGACCAGAUCACUAGCAAAGUGAAUCAUAAGAGCAGUAACAAUGCUGAUGAUAAAAACAUGGAAAUUUCCGAUGAUGGAUUCAAAUGCGGAGCUCUGUGCUUGUUCCUACCUGGCUUUGGGAAAGCUAAACCGGUGAGACCAAGAAAGGUAGAAGGUGGUGAUCAUCAAGUGGAAUAUGGUAUAUCCAGAACAGUGUCAAUGGAGAAAUUUGAAUGUGGGUCGUGGGCUUCAUCGGCCAUUAUCAAUGACAUGAACGAAGAUGGAGAUUCCAUGAAUCUAUACUUUGAUCUGCCAUUGGAGUUGAUACGAACCGGUGGUAAUGAUGCUCAUUCCCCAGUUACUGCUGCUUUCGUCUUCGACAAAGAUCGCAAAGGGGUUCUCAAGAAUAGCUCCACAAGAGCAGCUGCAUCUUCUGCACCUAGGAAAUCUCAUGAAUCAUCUCGCCAUGUCCGGUUCUCUGUGUCAUCGUCUCCUACGUCGUACCCAGCGUCACCGGCCUCUUGCAUUACCCCAAGAUUGCGCAAGGCUAGGGAGGACUUCAAUGCCUUUUUGGAAGCUCAGAGUGCAUGAAGUAAUAAUGAAAUCCUAGUUUUUUAUUGUUUGACUCUAUUAUCAUGUGUUUGGACACUGAGCAUUGAUAAUGCCUAGUGUUUUUCUCCAACCACAUGGUUUUGUUCUUUUACUUGCUAGAAAUAUUUCCUCCACCUCUUUAGUUUGUUCCAAAAUUUUAUCUUUUUUUGGGUUCCACAUUAACUAAUUUGUUCCUUGAAUUAUAGAUAAUAUUUUACCAAUCACAUAUUAAGGUUACA